UUUGCCAUCUCUCAUUCUCGCAUCUGAUCCCCAUCCUGUCGUUUAUUUGUUUUACUCUCCAAGCUCUUUUCUCUUCCUUCAUUUCCUUCUAUCUUUCCUUUUUCUCGCUUCUUCUUUUCGCUUCCCCCUCCCCUCUUCAUUUAGAUCUUCAAAAGAGAAAAGAACCCUUCAAAUUUCGAAGAUUCUCCAUAUAUUCGAAGAUUCUCGUGAUUCUGGACGAACUCGCUGUGAUCGGUCAUCGUUUCUUGAUCUGUAUAGUUGUUGUGCCUGCUUCGGAAACCUUUUCUGGUGUGGUGAAAGAGGAAAGAUGGUUUCGUUGCAAGGACCGGUGAUUUGCCCAGCCGUUCGGAGCAAACAAUUUGGGGUUUACAUGCCACCGGCGAACGGGCCUUUCCCGAGGGCAAAAUUGUAUAGAAGUGAUAUAUGGGGAUAUCGAGGGAUAACUGAUGGAAAGAAUAAGGCGCGUGCUAUUUUUCGUCACCUCAAAUUACGUAAGUGCAGGACCACGGUGCAGUGUACUUUCAGUUCAUCUUCUGAUGGGAAUGGAAGCAUGGCCGAGAAUUUCAACGAAAAUGAUGAAGACUAUGUAAAUUCCAGUGUGCUUGAAGCUGUUGAGGUGAGGAGUGGAGCUGAUGGAUUCAUGAUUAAAAUGAGGGAUGGUAGGCAUUUAAGAUGCGUCCAUAACAAUCCUCAAGGUGGGCAUCUGCCGGAUUAUGCACCACACCCUGCCAUCGUUCUGAAGAUGGAAGAUGGGACCGGUCUUCUUCUCCCAAUCAUUGUUUUGGAGAUGCCAAGUGUGUUGCUCAUGGCAGCAGUGCGCAAUGUCCAAAUUGCUAGACCUACCAUGUAUCAAGUAGUGAAGGACAUGAUUGACAAGAUGGGCUACACAGUAAAGCUUGUUAGAGUUACUAAAAGAGUGCAUGAGGCCUAUUUUGCUCAGUUGUACCUCACAAAGGUAGGUGAUGAGUCAAAGUCUGUCAUUUUUGACCUCAGGCCUUCUGAUGCCAUCAACAUUGCCGUGAGAUGCAAGGUAUCUAUACAAGUGAACAAGUACUUGGCAUACAGUGAUGGGAUGCGAGUGAUUGAAUCAGGGAAACUAUCAAUGCAGUCUCCAGCUUCAAAUGGGAUAUUAUUCACUGAACUGGACCGGCCAAGUGGUCAGCAUUGUCUUGAUACAGAGGAAUUUAAUAUGGUCUGCAAAUUAAAUGAGGCUAUCAAUCAGGAACGCUACAAGGAUGCUGCUGACUUGAGAGACAAACUUCGUAAAUUCCGGGCUCAAAGGAAGCUGAGGAAAUAUACAUAACAGUUGUCCCUGGUGACUUCAAUUGUAAAUAGGAAUUAUUAUUGGAAGCUGAUAAACUGGAUGGUGGCUGGCUACGUAGAGCAGCAAUCAGUUUUCUUAAUCUUCUGCCAAAGAUGCAUGUAUGUAUGUAACUAUAACUAAAAUCUGUGAAUAUAUAUAUAUAUAUAUAUGUAUGUAACUAUAACUAAAAUCUGUGAAUAUAUAUAUAUAUAUAUAUGUACAGUACAGAUGCAGUUUAAAAUUGGUGAUUUUCUAUCUUAUAUGUUUCAGCACGUUGAUUUAUGCUUAUCAUUUUAUCAUUUAGGACUGAAUUUGCAUAA